AUGGCGCCAGCUGACGACAUCUUCGUCGGUUUCGACGUUUCCGACGACGACAAGCCCUUCCUCCUCAGCGUCCUUCGCGCCCCCGGCACACCCUUGGACGAGAAGCUAGCCAUCUACGACCUCGGCCUCCUCAGUGGAUACGAGGACUGGAACCUGAUGCUGGAGAGUGCGGCUGCAAUGAAGGACAGGGACCUAGCUCGCUCGCCGCUUGAUGCACGAGAUAUUCUGGCUUACAUCCCUCGAGUCAAAGAAGCCACGCUAGCCGCGGCGAAGCUGCGCCAGGGUUGGGCGGCCACUGACCAGUCCAUCAAGAAUCUGACUGCACUGCUGCGUGUUCAUCGACCAGGCCACGCUGUCGAGCCCCAGCCUCCGUGUCCGUCUCUGCCCACCACCAUCAAAAGGGAGCGAGCUAUCAAGCGAGAGGUCGCUGCUCUCAAGCGCAGACGGGAGGAUGACGGAAAUGACGAAGAUGACGAUGACAACGACACCGAGCCGACGCACCGAGCCAAGCGGCCCAGAACCGCUCCCAAGUCAUCCACGUCUCACUAUUUCGCCGAUGAGCAAUUGCCACGCACCAACAACCCCGAACAGCAAACAGCUACUCCAUCGCCUGCUGACACGACCCAUAUCGUCACCCCAACACUCAUUCACAACGGCAUAGCCACGCCCAAUCCUACGCCCCGCAAGCAAUCCCAAGAAAAUGAAGCUUUCAAGGAAGGCACCACCAAUAUGCGAGGCACACUCCGUGCCAACGACCGGCCCGCAGACAGCCGGGGGUCUUCGGGCGGAGAGGCCAUCCUGGCCAUCCCCGUGCAGCAGCCCAUCGCCGACGAACUCGUCCGAAUUAUUGUCCCCAGAGGAGCUGAGACGGGUCAAGUCGGAGAAGUAGCUCCGCCGGAGCCUUCGCCGAGACGGAAGACGGCCGUCAAGUCACCAUUCUUCGGCCAGCCGCAAUCAAAGUCGUCGCCCCGAUCAAAACGCGUGGGUGGCCUUGUAUCCACGAUCCCGUUCCCGCCUCUGUCAGCCCCGCGCUUUGGCUUGAUUCAGGAAGAGUUUGCUCAUGAACCUUUUUGGCUGCUUGUGGUUGUGACUUUCCUUGUCAAGACAGCCGGGACGCUGGCAAUCCCUGCGUUUUACAAGGUCAAGGACCGCUUUCCGACACCAACCGCUUUGGCUGACGCAGAGGCGACUAAUACAGUCGUAAGCAUGAUCCGUCACUUGGGUCUUUCGAUUGUGCGAACAGCGGCGAUACAGCGAUAUGCCCGAUUGUGGCUUGGGCAGCCACCGACAGCAGGCACUGUUUAUAGAGUGAAGAAUUACGACAAAAGAGAGGCGGAACUAGACACACUGAGGCCCGGCGUUGAUGAGGAUUCUCUUGGGCUUACUGCCGGACGCAGCGGAGAAGCCGGCGAGGCGUGGGAGAUGGGCCACUUUACGCAAGGCAAAUACGCGCUCGACAGCUGGCGCAUCUUCUGCCGUGACGAGCUCUUGGGGCGGGCCGAGGACUGGAACGGCAAAGGCGCCGCCCCCAACUUCCAGCCCGAGUGGAUGAGAGUACGACCGGACGACAAGGAGCUCCGGGCGUGUCUACGGUGGAUGUGGAUGCGCGAAGGCUGGGAAUGGGAUCCCGUAACGGGCGAAAAGACGGUUCUCCGGGACGAAAUGCGAAGAGCUGCGAACGAAGGACGGGUGGGUUACGAUGAUACUGGCGGGCUGGUGAUUCUCGAGGAGCCGCGGUCAGGGUCUGGUUGAGGGCUUUUUUUCUCUCUCUGAGGGUUGUACAAGGAUCUCUUUAUGAUAGGUUCAGCCGAGGCUGGAUAUGAAGUUUUUGUUGAUACCCGCACCACGGAACGGUGCACUACGCACAAACAGCAUUAGAUAUUAGAUGCGAAGGCGUCGAUAGACGGGCUGCUAAAGCAUUUUCGAGCAGCUCUGGAAGACAACAGCAUAUGUCCGAGAAGGAGGCGCACAUAAAAGGUGACA